AUGUAUAAUCUAUGUGCGACUCAGCUGGCUGCACCGUCUACGGCAAAUAGUAGCAAAAUGUCCGCCGAGAGCAAACACUCUCCAGACUCUUCUCAACUCGCAACCACCGACUUAGAGACCCAAAGCCUUGACACUAGAUGCACAGCUUCCUAUCCCGAAGGCGGCCGAGACGCCUGGCUGGUCGUGUUAGGCGCAUGGUGUGGCCUAACCGCCUCGCUGGGCAUCUACAACACAACCGGCGUAUUCGAGGUUGUCAUCUCAAAGGUGCUCUUACCAGAAGACGGCUCGUCUACCCUCGGCUGGAUGUUCUCAAUCUACGCAUUCGUAACCUGGAUCUGCGGCGUGCAGAUUGGACCGACCUUUGAUGCGAUGGGGCCGCGUGCACUCAUUGUCGCAGGCUCGGUUUGUACGCUUGUUGGCAUGUUCGCUCUCAGCGUCUGUACAAAAUACUACCAGAUCGUCCUGUCCUUCUCUGUCCUAACCGGCAUCGGCUCAUCGCUCAUCAUCACCCCAUCCAUGGGAUGCGUAGCGCACUGGUUCCUGAAACGCCGCGGUCUUGCCAGCGGCAUAGCAUUCAUAGGCAGCGGAUUCGGCGGCGUUCUCUUCCCACUUAUGAUCCAAUCGCUUCUGCCCCAGGUGGGCUGGGGAUGGUCCAUCCGCAUUCUCGGGUUUGUCCUGCUCGUGCUCUGUGCUGUCAGCGUGGCAUUUUGCCGAAGUCGACUACCACUACUGCUACGGCCUGUGUCUGACAUCGGGGCUAGGGCUACUCCCAAUUGGCGAGAUGCAUUGCCGGAUCCUAGGAUAUUUGUGGAUGGAACCGGGGCAAUGGCUGUUACUACCCUGGCCGUCCUGUUGAUUGAUCUGGCGUACUUUAUACCUAUUACGUAUAUACCGAGUUACUACAUCGACCGACAGCAGUUGUCGCAUGAGGAGGUCUUGUCGGGCUCGGCGGCGUUUGCGUAUCAGCUUCUUGCUAUUCUAAAUGCUGCUUCGUGCAUUGGUCGUCGAUAUUGUCGUGCCAGAUUUAAAGCCCAACAGCUACGCACUCCUGAUGGCGUUUAUAUUGCUAUUCGGGUUCUGUAG